AUGAGACGAGACGAGCCGAGCCAAAUAGAAAUAUGGUCGAUUUCGUUGAUUUUUUCGUCCGACGCAGGGCAGGUCGCGAUACCAAAUUUAAAGGCAAAUCCUCGUGUGGCGUUCUUUGUGAACGGUGGAGACAUUCGGAAGUAUUCCGAGAACAAAUGCCAAAAUCAGUUCGCCAUUGACAAGUUUGUUGAAUGUCCUCUCAUUCGAGGAUUACUUGCAAACAAGUCAAAUCUGCCAGGAUUACUGGCGGCUUUGACUUCCAAGUACGCAAAUCGUCAAUUCACUAUCGAAAUGAAUGCACAGCUCACCGAAGGAUUGUUUGUUUUACUGGCAGAGCUGAACCCCUGA